AAUAAUAACAGAGUAGACCACGGCGGGGUCGGAAAGAAACUGCUUUCUGGUUACGCCGUACGUCGACUCUCUCUCUCAUCAAAAAGCUUUCUUUUUUUAUUUUUGGUUGAAUUAAAUUAAAAAUAUUACAUCCCACUCCCAACGUUUCUUCACCGCGCUAUACGACCUCGUUUCGAUCACCUUGGAGGGUGCAAAUCCCAUUCUCUCUUAGAACCACGUUUGCAAUCCCUAGUAAAUAAGGUCAAUGGCAUCCUCUAGUGACUCGUGGACAAAAGAAUACAAUGAAGCAUUAAAGCUUGCUGAUGAUAUCAAUGGCAUGAUAUCCGAACGGGGUUCACUGCCUGCAUCAGGACCCGAAUCCCAGAGGCAUGCCUCGGCCAUUCGGAGGAAGAUCACAAUCUUAGGGACUAGACUUGAUAGCUUACUGUCCCUUUUGUCUAAGCUUCCUGGAAAGCAGCCCAUAUCAGAGAAAGAGAUGAAUCGCCGCAAGGACAUGCUUUCAAAUUUGAGAUCAAAAGUUAACCAGAUGGCUUCGACAUUGAACAUGUCAAACUUUGCUCACAGGGAUAGCUUGCUUGGACCUGAAAUAAAGCCAGCUGAUGCCAUGAGUAGGACUGUGGGCUUGGACAACCGUGGCCUUGUUGGUUUUCAACGGCAAGUAAUGAAAGAGCAAGAUGAAGGUCUGGAGAAAUUGGAAGAGACUGUAGUAAGCACAAAACAUAUUGCAAUGGCUGUCAAUGAAGAACUUGACCUACACACUAGACUUAUUGAUGACUUGGACAGCCAUGUGGAUGUUACAGACUCCCGGCUACGGCGGGUGCAGAGGAACUUGGCAAUUUUGAACAAGAAGACAAAGGGUGCAUGCUCCUGCAUGUGCAUGCUUUUAUCAGUGGUUGGGAUUGUAGUUUUGGUAGCUGUUAUUUGGAUGUUGGUCAAGUACUUGUAAUUGUGGGAAUUAUAUAUAACAAGCAGAACAAUCUUGUCCUUUUUCGGCAUGCUGGUGUGGAUUGGCUUUUAUAAUUGCUAAUGGUUGUAAUAUUUAUAUUCGGCGUUUCCUGAUUUUUCUUGGUGCUUGUGGUGUAAUUGCUGAGGUGUUAAAAUGUACUUGUAAAUUGCAAGUGUCAUUGGCACAUUUCAAUAUUGUAUUUUUUUUUUUUUU